AAUAUCAUCAAACUGCAUGCAAAUUGAGCUUAUAUGAAUCCAAUGGAAAUAUUUGUAAAUUAAGAAAAAAAGUAUCAAGAAAUAAACUUUUAUCAGCUUCUCAACCCGACCAUGCUACUGUUGACAUAUAUUUUUUAUUGACUGUCAAAACAAAUAUUUAGUAAACAUUGGCCUUCGCUCUAGGCGCCCUUCAUUUGCGUUGAGCUUAUUUGGGCCAUCAUCGUGACUUGAUUCAUCCCGCGUCCGACGAUUGAACAUGAAUGAAUCACAUCAACAAUAGGGUGCUUACCGCUAGUAUAAAAGAAAUACAGACUCAGAGCGACAAAAUCAAUGACUGCAUAGGAACAUCGCCCUUUUACAAGAAACUAAGUGCGAGCAAAAUUCAAUAAAACCAGUUGGUAUCCAACACAUAGUUAAACAGUAUCACUAAAAGAACUGGUUGCAUUACCUGUUAUAGAUCGACACCGACGUUGAGAAAUCACCAUGGCCACCGUAAGCUUUUUAUUAUGUAUGGGCCUAGUGGGAUGUACACUUGGCCUCUCUGCCCAAGAAGCUGCGCUGUUUGAGAACGAUGGUUCGCUAGGAAUUUACCAUGGACUCUCUGGAUGGGUCAAUAUCACUGACAACGGGGACACUUGGAAACUUGAGAGUAAUGGCGUGCCAGAUCAUAAUACAGGCGACUUCCCGAUUGCCGGAUCUAACCCUAAUGAGAUAUCUACACAGACACAUGAAUAUGAUAUUCCUAAAAAUCCAAGUAUUGCUUCUGAGCCAACGUGUCUAUCUAUGGGGGUGAUAGGAAUUGCAAAAAAUGGUGUCGCAAUUUUCAACCCAUUUACGUUAGAAGGGUGUAAUGCGGUUGAGGGAAGUGGCGCGGAGGAAUUCGAUGAAUGUAAUGCCCACCCCGCUCCAAAUGGUGCCUACCAUUACCACAUGGUUCCAAACUGUAUUGUAGACGGCACAAACGAUCAAUUCAUAGGUGUUGCCCUCGACGGAUUUCCAAUAUAUGGACCAUUGAAUUCAGCCGGUCAAAACCUAACAAGUGCCGACUUGGACGAAUGCCACGGAGAAACCGUGAACGGAAAUUACCGAUAUCGGGUCACUCACGAUUACCCCUAUUACCUUGGAUGCUAUAAAGGGGGGUAUGUGUCUUCUAUGGGAGGUCCCGCGAUGAUGCGAAAAAAGCGACAAAGUGGACCACCUGGUGGCGGUGAGGCACAAUGUUCGUUUGCUAAUCAAGCCACGUUGGAAGCAAGCUCAUGCUACACGACUGACGGAAACGGAAAUAAUGGGAAUGCCGGUAACAUUCUUCAUACGACAUUCCUCUUCCAAGUUGGACUCGCCAUUGUUAGUGCUGUCGUUACUUUUCCUGAUAUUAAUUAAUGAUUGCCGACAGCUGAUUCUGUUGAGUACGCAAUAUCUCAUUAAUAAAUGACUUGCCAAAUUAGUCAUCAGACUGAUUAUUCCAAAUACUCUGCAACAACUCAACUUUUCGGCAAUUCAAUGAAUUCACACGUACACUGAGGCUCGAUUUAUAUCGUUCGAUUUCAUUGCCGUAUUUGAAAGAAUCUGAAUGGUGUCAUAUUCAACAUUAGUUUGAUGCGGUACCCUUAAUCCGAAUCAGCGCCUUUCAAUAAAGUACAUGUACAUUAACGCUGAAAUGGGAUUUGGUUGAAUUGUGUAUGACAGCACGAUGUUUGUUCUACUGACACAGUACACCCUUUUACUAACCUUAUAUUAUAAGGAUUGCCUUAACCAGGUGUGAAUCCCCGUAACCGUAAGACUAGUGAACGCACGUACAUUAAAAUAUAUCAUUAAUAUAAAACACGAUUUAGUUAUAAUAACCAUGUUUCAUAAUUUGAAGUACAUGUACACAUUGUCUGUAGUAGUCUAUUACCAAUAACUGUCCAGCUUUGUAGUGUCUGCACCCGACCCUUGCUAUGUUUGGAUUUGUUUGUGUAAAUAUACAGUAGACUUUACUAUUUAAUAUAUGGUUUUAUUUUAUUAUAUUUCGAUAUAAAGGUCUUUGUUACGAUUCCUUUAUGAUAAAGGCAUUAUGUCAUUGUUAAUACCGAACAUUUAAUGAAAGAAUGCUAUGAUACGUAAAAUAUUGCGUAUGUACUGUUCAUAAUAAGACA